CCAAUAGUCAGGAACAGCUGGCUCCAAUUCGACACUUGUUCGAAUCCAAUGGAAUCCAUGGCCUUCAACUGAAACCUUUAACGAUCUUCUUUCUCGUUCUCUUAGCUUAGCUCCGACAUGGAUCAGGAUUCAACCUUUCGCCGGUCCCGGAAUGUUCCACCCAGGCCAGAUAUCUACUCCACUGUGGUAAUCCACGACGAUGAAGAACAAGAAAACGACAAAAUUGGCCGAGAACGACAACGACCACGACGCCAGUCUAUGAGCGAAGAAGAUCUUUACGCGACGAUGGUGUACAAAGGUAACGACGAUGAGGAAGAUGAAGAUGACGACGCCUCUCUUCCUCCGCUCCUGAAGCGCCUUCCCAAGGACUUCGGCGGUGGAUCCUCAAUCGAUUACGAUGAUGACGACGACGGAGAAAAUGAUUUUGGGACAAUGAUAAUCAAGAGCGAUCGGAAUCGGCCUCGGAACCGUUCUUCUUCGUCGUCUUCGAUGUCUUCUUCGGUAAGAAGAGGGAACCCUCCUCCACCGAUUCCCAAGCGAGGGAGCACUAUAAAGAGGGACGAGGAAGAGGAUGAAGACGAGGACGAGGACGAGGAUGGUGGCGAUGGAUUUUCCACUUUUGUGGUGAAGUCCGGGGAGAGGGAAUCGUCUAGCGGGAGUGUGGUGAGAAGGACCAGUGGUAGUGGUAGUGGUAGUGGCAGUGGCAGUGGCUUUGGAUCCACAAUGAGUAGAGCUGUUGCAAGUAUGCAGGCAGUGGGGGAUUUAGGGUUUGGGAAUCAGAGGAAGAGGAGUGGGUCGUCGGAAGAGCCUCGACUGAUGACGAAAAUUUCGUGCAGUUCAAUUCCUGACAGCGUUACCCGUGAAGAUCCAACCACUAAAUACGAAUUGCUCAAUGAGCUUGGGAAGGGGUCUUAUGGUGCAGUAUACAAGGCUAGGGAUUUGAAAACUUCUGAGUUGGUUGCUAUCAAAGUCAUAUCUUUGUCUGAGGGGGAGGAGGGAUAUGAAGAAAUCCGUGGAGAGAUUGAGAUGUUGCAACAAUGUAGCCAUCCAAAUGUUGUUCGGUAUCUUGGGAGCUACCAAGGAGAAGAGUAUCUUUGGAUAGUAAUGGAGUACUGUGGGGGUGGAAGUGUUGCUGACUUGAUGAAUGUUACUGAGGAAUCUUUGGAGGAACCUCAAAUAGCAUACAUCUGUAGAGAAGCAUUGAAGGGGCUAGCAUAUUUGCACUCAAUUUUUAAGGUGCAUAGAGAUAUCAAAGGGGGUAAUAUUUUGCUAACUGAACAGGGAGAUGUCAAGUUGGGAGAUUUUGGUGUUGCAGCCCAGCUAACAAGGACCAUGUCAAAGCGCAACACGUUCAUUGGCACCCCACAUUGGAUGGCUCCAGAAGUUAUCCAAGAAAGUCGCUAUGAUGGGAAGGUUGAUGUAUGGGCACUUGGUGUGUCUGCAAUUGAAAUGGCAGAGGGGCUUCCUCCUAGAUCUGCAGUGCACCCAAUGAGGGUUUUGUUCAUGAUAUCCAUUGAGCCAGCACCAAUGCUUGAGGAUAAAGAAAAAUGGUCUCUUGUGUUUCAUGAUUUUGUGGCUAAGUGUUUAACGAAAGAACCUCGUUUACGCCCCACUGCGUCUGAGAUGUUGAAGCACAAAUUCAUUGAAAAAGGCAAAUAUGACUCGUAUGCAAUGCUACCAAAGAUUGACAAGGCCAGGAAAAUAAGGGCAAUGAUGGCUUUAGAAGCACAAGAUGUUCCUCCAGCUGUACCAGAAGAGAAUACAAUAGAAGUUCCUCCAGUGAAUGAUGAUUAUGGAGAUACUGUACCGGCAAAACCUCUAAAUGUUGGGCCUCAGGCAGGAGAUGAAGUAGCCUCGUCUAGUACCCUAAGUAGACAGCAUGCUCUAGAGGGUGUAGAACGGGCUGGGGAAGUUCAUUUUGGCACUGUGAUAAUUCACGGUGGUGAUGAGAUUGAUGAGGCCAAUUCUUUUUCACAAGUCUCCGAUGCUAGAGGAUCUUCAACUGCUCCGGCACUUCUGGAAAGCCCUUAUGUCAUUGCCUUGGGAGUUGAAUCAGAUAAACACAGGGCGCAAACUACAGGAGUUGCUGCCUCAAAUAACAAUUUGGUUGGAGAUUCACAUACUACGCAGGCAAUACAAUCAUCUUCUCCUUUGCCCCCAAGCUCUACUGCUCCUGACCCUAAGACGAAAAGCACUUCUCAAGCUCAGGUUGGGAGUGGCAUUGGCAUGAGUGGUAGUGCUUUGAAGAAUGAAACUGUUAGCCGAAAAGCUUUUGCACAAGACAAGCUUUUCUCCAUUUACGCUGCCGGUAACACAGUGCCCAUUCCAUUUUUAAGGGCAACAGAUAUCUCUCCCAUUGCACUGUUAUCAGACAAUGUUCUUGGAGGAAUGCAACGUGAUAACGGUGGAACCAUCGCUGUGGAAGCACUUCAGGAGCUUUUCACAGGCGAUGGACAGUCCAAAAAGGGUAGAAGAGGGCAAAACGAGAUGCCCCUUCCUCCUAGUAUCUACCAAAGGCUCACUUCAAGUUCAACUUUGCUGAACCUGGCGCAGGCUCUAGCUUACCACAAAACGUGCUACGAGGACAUGCCCCUUCAGGAAUUGCAAGCCACUCAAGAACAACAAACCAUUCAAAACCUUUGUGAUACACUAAGAACAAUUCUUCGAUUGUAGAUUUUUAUGUGUGUAUAUAUAUUAUACCAUUUCUUUCUGAUUUCUCACUUUUUCCUUUUGUUUGUUUAUUAUUAGCUUGUGACUUGUCUAUGUAAGUUGAGCAGAACUGCAUUUAGGUAUAUUUGUCAUAUGUAGGGCAGCAGAGCUCUAGAUGUAUCUUUUUCAAUCUCUUUGAUAAACAUGUGAAUAGCUUCUUUUUUUUAUUAUUAUCAUUAUUAUUGUAACAUUUAAUUUGAAAAAUAUGAGUGAUUUGUUUAGAAUU